AUGGUGGUGGUGCUUCUAUAUGUGGAUAACAUAAUCUUGAUGGACAAUAACUAUGAUGAGGUUGCUCGACUACAAGAUGAGCUCUCGUUUCGUUUUAAGAUGAAGAAGCUUGGGGAACUUGGAAUUUUCCUUGGUCUACAAAUUGAAAAUUUUGAGAAAAGUUUGUUUGUAUCGCAGAUUAACUACGCAAAGAAGUUGGUAGAUAAAUUUGGGCCUAACAUUGCUUAUACAGUUAGAGUGGUGAUUUCAUACAUGCAAGAGCCAAGGAAACAACACCUCUACGAAGCGAAGAAAAUUAUGAAGUAUAUUAACACCUUACUGGAUAUAAGUCUACUUUACGAGAAAGAUGCAAAAUUUGUCCUGCAAAUAUUUGCGAAUGCUGACUUUGCUGGAAAUCGAGACGAUCGAAGAUUGACAUCUAUGUUUGUUUUUCAUUGUGGAAAUACUAGAAUAUCUUGGAGUAGAAGGAAGCAAGGAUCGUUAUCAUUGUAUACGACAGAAGUAGAAUACAAAGCAUUAGCUCACGCAGCACAAUAG